CCACAGAGAGUGGAGACUUCAAUCACAGGGUCAAGAUGACAGCACCCUGUCUUCUCCUUCUGCUCUGUACUGGGAUGAACCUCUGUAACUGCUCAAUAUGCAGCAUUGGUGUCGGGUUUAUGCUGACAAAAACAGAUCUGGAAGGCUCAUCAAUCAGCGCCCACUGAAAAAUACCACUUGUGGGAGAUAAUUUAGAUGACAGAGGCAAAAGAAAGGAUCUUUGAGGUAGCUGUUGGACAGUGAACGGAAGGAAACGGUGUCUGCUGAAUGAAAAGUGUGAGCAGUAUGUGAAAGUGUAUGUACCAUAGGGAAUUCAAGCUUGAAAAAAGUUGUUCUGCAGAGACUGAAACUGAAAAUGAACACAAUGCAUGAGGGAAUUAUGAUGCAUUAAAUGACUGACUGAGUACAUGUUUUUUCUCUCUUUGGGAGAAAGAUAGAAAGUAAAAAAACAAAAAAAAAAAAAGCAAUAAAACAAAACCAGGAUGGAUGGGACAAGAGACAAAUGAAGACAGCUCAACUGCCAGGCCUGAUCGUGAGCAUUGAAGGAUAAGACGUCCCUGCCAGUGAGAAAAUCGUAAAUUUAUCCUUGCAAACUAAGAAUUAUGCCUUGCACGUAGCAACAAUGCUGAUGUAGAAUCUAUGAAUAUUUCAUAUUAUCUAUUUUGGAGUCUUGAAUGUUUCUAUCCACCAUUCAGAGAUAGACAGAUUCAGAGCAGUCAGAGCAGCGGGUGGUAGUAGCUUUAAAGCUGGAGCAGAUUUGUGACCAGAAUGUUGGCGGGCAAAAUAAAGGAAUAAAGAAAGUGAAGAUAAAUAAGAAGCAAAGUAGAAAAAUGUUCUGGCCCACAGAAGUACAGGACACACAUGCUGUAUUGAUGAAUUAGUGUGAAUAGCGAGUGGAUAAGGAACAACAUAAACUCCUGCUUAUUCAAGAUGAAAAAUGUGAUCUUGGUGCUCUGUCUCUUGUGUUUUUUGUGAUUUUAUUUGGGCUGAAGAAUUCCCCCAGUUUAACAGACACACAUGAUGUGUAGUAGUGUUGAAUCUCAAUCAGGUCAAGCCUCCUACCUGUGGACCCUGCAGUGGUGAGUCAGAGAGUGCAGCACCCAGUGGCCAGGGUCAUUUACAUGCAACAGAGGUCUGCAGGCUUUUCAGAGGCUGUUUAAACUGUGGUCAGUGAUAGGUUAUGCUGAACAUCAUGUAUUGAUGAAAGAGAAAGAUCAUUACAAUGACUUUAACACACAGGCUUAAUCAAUCAGUGCUCACAGGCACAGUCUGCAGGCACUGUGUCAGAAACCUGUGAAAAAGAAUGAAGUGUAAAGUCUAUUAGCCUGUUUUGUUAAAGUAAAUUAGCAGGACAUCACAUGCAGAGUAUUAAUGACAGUACCUCACUGUAGGCUGUAAAAAUAAAGACAGCUGGAGUUCACUAAGAUUAAAUCCUUUCUAUUUUGACUAUUGAAGCACAACAUGCAGCCAGACACCCAGUAAAACAAGCUUGACAUUUUGAAUGAGAAAACCAUUUUUACAUCAAAUUAUUAUUGUUAAUGGUUUGUAGAGAUUUUAUCGUCCUUAAUGUGGAAACAGUUUUUCAGCUUCACCACACACAACACAAAUUUAAAAAAGGACACCCGGGGCUAAACGACAAUUUAAAAAAACACAAAUAAACAUUUUAUAUAUAUAUAUAUAUUGGGCACAAUUUUAAGUUAUAAUCCCAAUUUUUGCAAUAGCGCAUCGGCUCUGAAACAAUGUGACAAUACUGUACAAAUGGGAGCCGCUCAGAGAGAUGAACCUGCAGGGACUUAGCGCCUCAAUCUGCAGUUCAUCUGUGGAGUUUCAGCUCAUUAUUUAGCUGUCUGGCCCACAACACUGCUGUUCUGACUCAGUUAGCAGCUAGCUGGUGAACAUAUUGGAGCAUUUAAUAGGUGAAGAGCCAUUUAUUUCCUUUGGGAGUCAGUAAAGACUAAAAACAGAGCUAAAAGAGAGUGAACUUACAUUCACCAAGAAGCCAGGAACACAGCUCAAAAUGCAUGAAAAUGUUGCUCUGUUCUUGUAGUGCUGAUAUACUAAUACUAAUGCGCUAAUGCAGAAUGCUAAUGCUAAGCUGAGCUAAUAAUUUAUAUAUGAUUUGUACUGAUGUGUCUGUUUCACUGUUGCCUUUGACCUAUUGUUCUCUACUGUGAUGGAACUGUUUAUGAUUUCGCCUAUUGAGCAAUCAAGAGCCUUGCAUCCACAUCUGUCUUACUGACUGUAGGUGAGGAGCAGGCAUACAGCUACUGAGGAAGGUCUUCAUUUAAAUCCUUUUACACUUAUGAAAUACAGAAGGUUAUGAGCACAGGGAAAAAGUUAGGGAGGUGUCCUCUCUACAUUUGAUAUUCUAACUGCAUUUGGCACAUAUCAGUUGUGCUGGUGAUACAAAGAGUUUUCACUCCUCACUGACAAGCACUUUGACCCAUACUUUAGCUGCCAGCUACCCCUGGACAGAUUUCUUUUGAUCAAAGCCAUUGCAACAUUCCCCAUGAAAACAGCACAGCAUAUCAUCUCACCAUAAUUGCUGUAGCUGGAGAAGAACAAAGUAGCAACCCAAAGAAUAACAGACCAAAGCAAACCUGGCGGGACAGCUUUGAGCAUCUGGCUGUUUUCUAUGACAUGUGCAUUAUUGAUCUGCAGAUGAAUAUGAGACAAAAUGCUCUAACAAGCUUUGAUGUAGCCUUUCCACCACUUCCAACAUUUAGCAAAACUAAUGCAGAAAUGCAGGUGAAUUACCUAAAUGUCUCUAAUCUUUAUAUGAUUACUGUAUAAAGUUUGUGAUCCAUCAUAUGAUGACAUAAUAUUUAAAAUCCUUUUGUAGAGUUCUGGCACUGGAGGAAAAUGUCCGCUGUCAAGUAGAAUUCAUGACAAUAGCCUGGGUUAUUUCUGUAGCACUGUACUACUCAAUUUGGGCAAGUCUCUCCUUGAGCUGUGAAGCAGAGAACCAAGAACGAGGUAGUGAUGUAAUCUCAAAACAAAAAGUUGGACUCUACUCAAAAAAUUAAUGUGGUACGGGUACACUCUCUGAUUCACAGCUGUGAGUAAUUCAUUCAUUCAAUAGCCAAUUGUUUGGCUGUGAUAACUCAACAAGUGUUCUCAGAGAACACAAAGCCAAUCUCUAAUACAGUACCAACAGAUAAACAGAUGAAGUAUCUCCAGAUGGCAUCACUAUUUCAAGUCUAAAUGCUCUAAAUUCUGGUUUAAGGAUAGACUUCUCGUGAUGAACGCUCUUACAUCUGAAUACAUAGCAUAUGUUAUAUACAGUAUGUGCAGUUCUUUAUGCCCAGUCCUUAGGAGUUAUGUUCCUAUCAGACACAGGAAGAAGUGUGCCCUUUAUACAGUGGUGAAUUGGCUUUCAGUGCAUUCAGCUACCAUGCAGGAGACUGGAGUUUAUGCUACUAUCGAGUAAUUUAUGUUCACUUUUUAACCAUGAAAUAAAAUUUCCCAAACCUUAACCAAGCGUUUCAGCUGACUAACCUUCACACUACCUUAAACACUUAUUUGCUACAGCAGUCAGAUUUUUUUGGAAAGUACUGUGAAACAGUUGGCAUGAGAUGAAGAAUAGUUAGUUUAUUUAGAAUCUGGACACAGGGUUAUGUUUAGAGCUACAGGGAUGUUUCCAAAUCUGGCGUGAUCAACAUCCUGUGGUGACAGGAAAAAAACAACUCUGCCAAAAAAGAAGGCACCUUGCAGCUGAAGUGUCCAGACAUUUGAUAGGUUUUGGCCUCGGGAAGCACAGCACAACACCAACUCAUUCACAAAGGGAAAAAAUCCAUUAUUCACAUUCUAAUGCUACACUGAGACCAAGAAAAGUAUACAAAGGGUACUAAUAUCACCAAGAUUUUAAUGUAUUGUAUACAUUUGUGAUCACUCUGGUGAAUGUAAAUUCUGUGAUGUGGAAAAUUCAUUUUGAUGGAGCAUAAGUGAACGAAUAGCUGCCUGGAGUGGAUCUGCUUAAGAGGUACUUCAAAAAUUAAGGUAAUGCAGGGCUGCUAAUGAAGCCUGUCGCCUGAAAGAAGAUUUAUCAAAAGAUGAAAAAAGGCCAUUUAGCAAUGUGGUGUUUUAGAGUUUUAAUAAGCAUUUCCUGCCUCCAGCAGACAGACACAUGCUUGCAUUUUCAAAUUCACCUCAGCCCAGGUAAUCUUAAAAUCAUUAGUCAGGGUUGCUUUGUUUAUGUCCUUUCAACAACCUCUCGCUUCACUAAAAUAGGCAAAUGUGCAGACCAUUCAGAUGUGCUCGUUGGGCGGCAGAUUACGAAAAUGCACUUUUUUUUAUAAAGCAAUGCUGUGUAAAUCAUGGAAUAGCUUAGAUGUUGCUUCUGAACGCUCAAAACAGAUUUGAGUUGUCCCACACCAGCAGAUCAGCAGCAUGUCAUUUGAACGUGCUAUGAAAAAUACAGGGGCUGAUUUUGUUACAGUGCCAAACAGAUGGUUAUUGGCACAGACCUACAUCUUGCACACUGAAUUCUCCUGUAACAGCUGUGAAAAUAGUACACUGCCAACAUUAUUUCACAGUGUAGAUGGGAACACCUUACAAUAAUGUACAUAAAAUUCUGAGGAAUGAGGAUGGAGUAAAUCAGGAAAGUGAUUAAAUUAAUAGCAAACAAGUUGUUCUCAAAAUGAGUCGAGGAGUAUGUAAGAUAAUAAUUUCACUUUAGCUCAUGCUGCUCAUUAUUAUCGGAAUGUGUAAUUACCUCUCAGAGGUCUGCAAGUCUGACCGUAAUGAAUCACUCCAGAUUAAGUCUUUGUCAUGUUAGUAUCCUUCAUCUCCUCAAAUAAAGUGGUGUUUCAGACUAUUGUAAAGUCUUAAUACUAUAACUUAUGUAUGAUAUUAUUUAGCAUGGUCUUCUAGAGUGGAUGUAAAAAUGGGAAGGAGUUGGAAAACCUUUACAUGAGCUGUAAUUGGCUGGUUGGGUUAAGACUAAUCUUUGUAGUUUCCACUUCAAGUCCAUGUAUCUCUUACUCCCUGCACUUCAACAUGAUUUUUUUUAUCUUUAAUUUAAAAAGUCAUAUUGAUACCUGAAUCUACUUAUUCUGCCAUGUUUCAAGAUGUUGAUGAUAUAUUUGUGGAAAGCUCUUGAAAUAUAUUAAACUGCAGGGAGAGUGCAGACUAUUUAACCUUAAUGUCCAAAUAUAUAAUUUUAAUAUUCAAAAUUAAAAUUAGACUGAAUGGUUUUUCAAAAUUGAUUGUUUCAUGUGUGGAUAUGUACAUUAUUUGCAUGCACUUACAGUAUAUUUAUAUUUACAUCUCACAAUAAAGCCAACCUCAUACAAAUUUAAUCAUAGAAAUUCCUAUCAACUGAGUACAUGGUUUCAAAACAAAAAUCCUUCCUCAAGAAUAAUCAGCUGCACUGGAAACACCUCGUCGCGUAUUCGAGGCGGAAAUCAGUAAACUAACCCCCAAUACCAGACUCAGUUGGUGGUUAAAAUGAGCAUUUUUUGCAGUGUAACCUCAGUAUCCCAGGGAAUGAAUGAGGCACCAGUGUAGAGGAUGUUGGAUAUCAGUGAUGCGCACUGAGCAGCAGCUCGCCCAUAGGCUGCUGCUUCGCCUACAGGACUCACAUGAGGAUGGAUGGAGUUUUUGAUAAAGCGAUGGAUUUCCCUGCUCUUUAUCAUCUUUUCGACACAUUUUUAAAUUCCAGGAGACGGACUUAACAUCUGAGUUGUUUGCAGAAUUCCCAGAUUUAUAGGCUGGGGACUUGGGGUUUUCAGCAACAGAGAGGUUUCACGUUUAACGACUGUGGUACGUUAGACCUGUGUGAAAUGUCCGACUUCCACAACCGGAGCCAAACCAGCGCACGUCGCAGUGACUACGUGUGGCAGUAUGAAUAUUAUGACGACGAGGAGCCCGUGUCUUUUGAGGGACUCAAAGCGCACAGAUACUCCAUUGUCAUCGGCUUCUGGGUAGGACUUGCCGUGUUUGUCAUUUUCAUGUUCUUCGUUCUCACGCUGCUCACAAAGACAGGAGCGCCACAUCAAGAAAACCCAGACUCUGCUGAAAAGCGUCAUCGACCAGGGAGCUGUCUGCUAGACAUCGACGGUCCCAAGGAUGAAAAUGACAAAGCUUCCUCCCGUCCAUUGCUAGCAGAGACCCGUUCAUAUUUCCACUUCUACAUCAAGGAAGAGGAUCAGGGUCGGGGGAAGAAAAAAACAGAUGGAAAGCAUGCCGGGGCCGAAGUCCAACAGGGGCCCAGCAACCGGCCCAGAGGUAUCGGCUCCUUGGGGAUGGAUGAUAUGGAAGAGGAUGUUGAGGAAGCUGGGGGACGCCGACCUCUUAACGGACUAAUAGAGGAGAGUAAGACGGACAGAGAGUGUGCCUUCCUGUCCCACUUCAACAUCCCUAACUUUGUGAGCCUGGAGCAGAGUUCAACACUGGGAGAGGAUGAUUUGGUGUACGAACCGUCCGUCAUACUGGAGCGCCAGUCUCACUCUAAGGAUGCUCACUGUGAUAUCCAUUAAGGCGGUUCAUACAAAGAAAUGACAGGCAUCAGACAUAGUGCUAUUGUUAUAUUAUUUGCUUUCCUUUCGCAGGGCCAUUUGUGACCAGACAGGGGGACAUACUCACCUGCCAUACAUCCACAUAUCUUUAUUUUCCUACAAAGCUUCUCUAUUUAGAGUGUUUUAAGGCUUUUCAACAAGUAGGGUCUAAAGGAUGGCAAACAACUUCAAAUAUUAAGCGCAACUCACAGUUAUAAAACAACAUUUUAUCCUGAAGAUAAAAUUGCCGCACAGGUAGUACCUUUUACUGUGAGGACUCAGCUUCUCCAAAUAGGAUGCAGGCUGUACUGUACCCAGACUCAGAGAUGAGUUUCCACACACGAGAAGAUAAAAUGUCACCAGGGAGCGAUGUUGUGUCGAAUUCACUCUACUCUUAUUACUGUCUUGUUUUCUCGUGCAGUUCUGGACAGUGGACAUUAUCUCUCUGGCAAAACACAAAUGCCAACAAGAUUAGAAGUGUGGAAUUCAUUAUUUUUGCAAUCGCUGUUUUUGCUCUAAAAUGAAAUGCCCUCUAUUAUACAAGGUUAAGUGUACUUUAAAUGUGUAAUUAGCAGCACAAAAUCAAACAUAUUGUUCUUUCAAAGGGUUGGUAACCUGAGACCCUGGAUGAUAAUGUGAUAUAAUACUUUUUUGGUCAGAAUUCUGUUAAACUUAGAAAUGCUUAAUGUUGAUGGCCUAAAUAAAGCCUAUGUGGUUUUGGAAAUCAACUUAACAUUUUGUGUUGUAGCUUUUGUUAACAAUACACAAUGUUUAUCAAAUAAGUUCAUAUUCAGAUGUACAAUCUCUUCAAGGUGUGUAAGCAAUAUACAAGAACUUAAAGCUGCACUGAUUUUUUUAAAGCACAAUGGAUCAAAUGACUCUGUGUGAUGUAAAAGCUGUCCCUCAUAAGAACAAACCAAUCGAAAAUUCUCACCCGACUCUGCAGCUUCCCUUAACUGCAUGGAUCAUUUUAGCGUCUUUUAGCUCACUGUUUUUUUGUUUAUGGCCCUUAACUUAACUGUUUUGGUCAGUCUCACGUACACCAACUUUGACAUCAACUGAAUGCUACCUGCCUAGCUGCCUGCAGACAGACAUAUCUAGCAGUAGAGCAUUUAGCUAAACAACCAAAUACCUCCCUCAGUUUAUGGUGGAGACCAAAACAGAGAUAAAAGGAGAAUGCAUUUUGCACUUACAACCACUCCAAGUGAAUGUGAAUGUAAUAAUGUUGUGUUAAUGUUAUAUCAAUUCUAUAAAGUGAUAAUAUGUCAAUGUUGUGUUGACAACUUGCGCUGCUGAAAAGUAGCUGAAAAAGUCAGUGAAUGCAGGUUUAAGUUGAGUAAUAUGUUUGGAUUCUAUGUCUAUAAUUGUACUUACAAUGUGUUUGUAAUAUGUUCAAUGUUUGGGGAGAUUUGACAGACAAGCUCACUCAUAGUACAUAUAAACACAGCCCUCCUCUCUGUGUCUUUAUUCAUGUAGAAAUCACCUUUUCCAGUCAAAACAAAUUAAAAUUACUUUGAGCAGUAUCAGGUGAUGAUUAUGCAACAUGGAACAUUGCUAGCUACUGUUGUCACUUAUUAGCAAGCUACGUAUAUUUGGCAGACAGAAGGAUGUGCUGGGAAUGCCAGAGAGUCUAUCAACAUUAACGCAACGCUUACUACACCAAAUGAGUCUUUUAGAAUUUGACAAACGGCCCAUUAAUUCUUUCCCGAUGUGCCCAGGGAAAAGAUAUGUUCAAACACUCAGUCUUCUGCCCUCCGCUGACAUAUUUUAUAUUUGUGGAAAGGCAGACAGUUGGGACCAGGCUGAACAAAUGAGAUCAGUUAGUUGCCCAGAACUGUUUGCAGGAAAGGCUUUUGCAAGGCUUUUGGCCAAUGUUCUUUUUUUUCUGUAUCAAGCUCAACAGCAGACAAAUGUUACUCUGUAAUUAUUUUAGCGCAUUAUCAUAUCCUUAAAUGGGAAGCAAUUAAGUGUUUUCUGAAAUAUCAUGGCAGCUCUCAUGGGGAACAGUGCUAUGGCAAAAUUUCUUUCUUUUUCCCCUUUUUGUUUCUUUCCUCUUACUAAACCCAGAACACCAUUUACAGCACAAAUAUCCCUGAAUUUAUGCUUUUGUCACUUGCCUGAGAAAAGUGGACACAAGUGUUGUUAAUCAUUAAUCGUUAGACUGUCAAUUUACCAGCACAGUUGAGUGGGUAAUGAUCAGAAGUGCUGCUCAGAACACCAGUGAAGGAUACAGAGAAACUGCUUCUUAGAGUUUAGAGCUCAGUCAGUAUGCAGUGGGCUCUGAAUUAGGGGCAGUGUAGUUCAGAUAGUCAAGAGUUGUGUAGGCAGCAGGUUAGUGUCUGGGGUUAUGUAAUCUAAAUAUGAACAAAUACAUAGUUCAUCGACCAGGAGACACUCUGACUGAAGCAUAGCCGGAGAGUCCAUGCAGGGGUUAACUUUAAACAAGCCCAGACAAGUGUGACCUGUGAGUAGCACUGCAGAACAGAUACAUGGACCGCAUGGAAUUUGUCAUACCCUCAUUUCUUAGUGGCAGGACUUCAAAAUACAAUAAUUUACACAUCAUUGGAGGUGGUUGCUGUGGUGAUGUAAGACUAAAUGGCUUAGCGCUGAGAGAAAGAGAGAGAGCAAUGAAUCACUUUCUUAUUUAUCCUCUGAAUGAGGGGGUGUUUAGUCAAAUUGUGUCCACUGUGCAAUUCCAAAGACAAGAAAGCUAACAGGCCGGUUACAUGGAAAACAAACCACAGAGAAAACUGAACAUACAUCUCCAUCUGUCGCUCAGCCUAGCCAACUCCUGAUGUGCCUUUAGUAUGAAACGUGCAGGCUCCACAUGCCUCAGCAGCUUAGCUCUGAAAAAUCUUAAUUAAUUCUACUUUUGACUGUGGUGGCUAGCCUCUGAGGGUGCAGUGAGCAUCAACAACCAGUGGGUGGGGCAGUGGAGUUAGAUCAACUCCAUGCAGCGAGAGUUUGCCAUUUGCUCUGUUUCCCAAAUGUCCAAAGGCGGUCUCUGUAGGCAUUGUGGUUGACAGUUGGUGGGUUGCAAUGACGCCUCAACAAAUGAACAGCAAUGGGGGAGCAACUGAGACAGUGAGGCAAGGCAGGGAGAAAGGAAAACAUAGGCAUUUUGUUUGACGCAGAAAAUUGUGAGGAAUUUGGUGGGUGUUUAAAAGAAAUGUCAGUCAAAUGUGUAAUUACAUAGUUGGUUCACGAGAAGACAAGACACACAACAUAUUUUAUGGCAUUCAUGCACAGGCUGCCAUGAUAUGAGUGAGGGCAAUGUUAUACAAUAUCUGCAAGACAACAGCUUCCAGUUCCAAGAAUAAGCACUGAAGAAGAAGCCUCUGCCGUCUAACUCUCUUAAAUAACAGUAAGCUUUGAUCCUGCCUUAGCUGUUUAUUACCUCCUCAAACAUCAAGUAUAUGACCCUGGCAAAUUUUUAAAAAAGAUCUCAUUCACAGUUAAGAAAUUAUUUUUAACCUUACCUUUUUAAGAGCCAGCUCGGCUAAUGUCACCUAACCAACCAACACGACUGCUGAUUAUGUGUUGUCUGGGAAUUAGAGCAUACCUUUUCUCCAGUGCUUCAUCGGUGAUGGUGAAAGGUCUGAGUUAGCAGAUGUGCAACAUAAAACGCUCCGAUAGGCACUGGAGAUGACUCACUGCACCAAACCAAAUAUACAAGGCUAAAAGAAAAGAAGUCUCUUCAUCUCCCUGCAUUGCAGCCAAGUCUUUAGUAGCAUGUGGGAGAGGGAUCAUUAACAACAAAAAACCUAACAGGAUCUGUAAAAGUAGUUAUGUUUCUGCUUAAGAUGACCAUCCAUGUGUCUUUAAACUGUUGAACUGAAGCACAUUCUCUG